AUGUCGCGGUGUGACAGACGGAGCGGGCGGCCGGGGUAGGCCGCAGGCCCUGGCGCCGCCCGCCGGCUUCGGGCCCGGACCGUCCGGCGCCGUCAGCGGCCACGUUAGCGAGUCCCUGCCGCCGGGACGGGGUAGAGUUCAGGCUGUGGUCGGGGCCCGGGCACCACGUGUGGCGGUGGGGCGGCUGCUGCCUCGGCUCCUUCAGCGUGCGGUGGUGGCCACGGUUUUCAUCCGCCGAAGCCCCUCUGAUGUGUGGUUAGGAACGCCAGGACUUCGAUCAGUAGGACUGAUGUAGCUGAAAGAAAAAUACAGGGGGAAAAACCUGAGCUGGUUAGGCAUCAUUUGCAAAGAAAAAAAGUUAACGUUUAAGGUUACCCGUCGUUGCUUUUAAAGGGAAACCUACACAAUGUCCGGAGGUCUCGAUGUACUGCAGAUGAAGGAGGAGGAUGUCCUCAAAUUCCUUGCUGCUUCUACCCACCUGGGUAGCACCAACCUGGACUUCCAGAUGGAGCAGUACGUCUACAAGAGAAAAAGUGAUGGUAUUUAUAUCAUUAAUCUGAAGAAAACAUGGGAGAAACUCCUUUUAGCUGCCCGCGCCAUUGUCUCCAUUGAGAAUCCAGCUGAUGUUUGCGUCAUCUCCUCCAGACCAUUUGGCCAACGUGCUGUCCUGAAGUUCGCUGCUGCCACUGGUGCCACUCCCAUUGCUGGAAGAUUCACCCCAGGUACAUUUACCAAUCAGAUCCAGGCUGCUUUCAGGGAGCCCCGCUUGCUGGUUGUAACAGAUCCCCGGCAGGACCACCAGCCCUUAACUGAAGCAUCAUAUGUCAACAUCCCCACUAUAGCCAUGUGCAACACUGACUCGCCCCUCCGGUAUGUGGACAUCGCUAUUCCAUGCAACAACAAGGGAGCACACUCCAUUGGUUUGAUGUGGUGGAUGCUUGCCCGUGAGGUGCUGCGCAUGCGUGGUACCAUUAGCCGUGAACAUCCAUGGGAAGUGAUGCCUGAUCUGUACUUCUACAGGGAUCCUGACGAGAUUGAGAAGGAGGAGCAGGCUGCUGCAGAGAAGGCUGCUGGUAAGGAGGAGUACCAAGGAGAGUGGACUGCUCCUGUUGCAGAGUUUGUUCAGCCUGAAGUUACUGACUGGUCUGAGGGCGUGCAGGUCCCUUCUGUGCCGAUCCAGCAGUUCGCAGCUGCAACUGGUAAAAAUUUGGCUGAGACGCUGGAGGCAGCCAAUCCCUACGCCAAGCCUGCAGCAUUCCCCGCUGAGACAGCUACAAAGGACUGGAGUGCUCAGCCUGCUGCUGAAGACUGGUCUGCUGCUCCAACUACACAGGCUCCAGAAUGGGGUGGUGCCACUGCUGAUUGGUCUUAAGACCAUUAAAGCUAACUAGGCACAGGCCUGUCCUUCCUGCAUUUGGGAAAGAAUGAAAUAAAAGAUACUGGUUUUUAAA